CCUUUUCUUGAUUGUGCCAACACAACGCUACGUUUUGGUAUCUUGAAGACACUGAUCGCUCCAUUUCACAAAACUGCAGCCUACCUGUUUGUGAAAAUGCCUCAAUGGGCUGCAACAUUCUGGCAAUUCAAGAAGCUGCUAACUGACUCAGCCGACCGAUUCAACGUCUGUCAGAAUUUAUGCGCCUAGAUUUCAUGAGUGACUUCGAUUCGUUGUUUUCCUGUCCAAAUCACAUGGGGUAGAGAAUUUGACUGAAAGGACAAGGCCAUGUAAUGUUUGAUCUUCUGGGUUUCUGUCACUUGACUAUUGCUGCUGCCUUAAAUUCUGUAUAUAAAAAACACAUAUUAUAUCAAACCCACAUCAACAAAAGCCUCUUGGUUUUCCUUUCUUCUUGGAGCCAAUUCCUUGUUCAAGGAGAGUCCGUCUGUGUUUUUUGUACUCUGAAGGUUAAAAUUUCUCAGAUUUGGGAGUUAGAAGAUAAGUCUCCAUUAGUUUGGCUUAGUUGGAAAACUGAAGUACGAGAUAUUGGUGGUCUUUAUGGUUCCUGUCUGGAGAAAUUUGUCUGCUGAGGACCCCUUAUGCUGCUGUUGGUAAACUUAAAGGGUGGCCUUUCAUUGUCCAGAAGCAGAAUAAUUCCUUUGAUGCAUACACAUCAAGAGUAUCUGAUGAAUACCGAAUCUUAGAAGGAAAUAGGAGAAGAAGAAACAUUCAACAUGAAGUUUAUGAAACUUGGAUCUCGACCAGACACUUUCUAUACUGCGGAGGCUGUAAGGUCAGUCUCCUCUGAAGUCUCUAGUGAUCUCAUAAUUCAGGUGAAAGGAAGUAGAUAUCUGCUUCACAAGUUUCCUCUUCUGUCCAAGUGUUUGCGCCUGCAGAGACUAUGCGCUGAGUCCCCUGAUUCCCCACAGCAUCAAAUAAUCCAGCUUCCUGAUUUUCCAGGUGGGCUCGAGGCAUUUGAACUAUGUGCAAAGUUCUGUUAUGGCAUAACAAUUACUCUCAGCGCCAACAACAUUGUAUCAGCUCGAUGCGCUGCCGAGUACCUUCAGAUGACAGAGGAUGUUGAGAAGGGGAACUUAAUUUACAAGCUUGAAGUUUUCUUCAGUUCUUGUAUUCUUCAUGGCUGGAGAGAUACCAUCGUGACAUUACAAAGCACUAAAGCGUUUCCUUCAUGGUCAGAGGAACUUGGUAUCACAAGCAAAUGCAUAGAAGUGAUUGCGUCAAAAGUACUUAUUCAUCCAUCAAAAGUGAAUCUUUCGCAUAGUCAUUCCCGAAGGCUUAAGGACGAUAUCUCGUGCAACGGUGCAGAUAGCCAGAGACACAAACAAGCAACCAGGGGUUGGUGGGCUGAAGAUGUUGCAGAACUGAACAUAGACCUCUACUGGAGAACCAUGAUAGCUAUUAAAUCAGGUGGGAAAAUGCCCUCCAAUUUAAUUGGAGACGCACUGAAACUUUAUGCUUCAAGAUGGCUCCCAAAUAUAUCAAGAAAUGGAUCUGUUGAUAAGCAGUCAGCAUCCGACUCAGAUUCAGACAAGGCAAACGAGAUGUCUGCAAAGCACAGACUGCUGUUAGAAUCAUUAAUAAGCUUACUUCCAGCUGAGAAAGGUGCUGUUUCCUGCAGUUUCCUUCUCAAACUUCUAAAAGCAGCCAACAUUCUUAAUGCCUCACCCUCUUCAAAAAUGGAACUGGCCAGAAGGGUGGGAAGCCAAUUAGAGGAAGCGAUGGUCACAGAUUUAUUAAUACCCUCUCUGUCAUACGGAAAUCAGAUGGUGUAUGAUGUAGAUAUAGUAAUGACCAUAAUUGAGCAUUUCAUGUUACAGUGGCAGAGUCCCCCAACAAGCCCUCCGAGAUCAAGGAUAGGUUUUGAAAGGAGAAGGUCUCGCUCGGCCGAAAAUAUUGAUUUCGAGUUACAGGAAAGUAGAAGGUCUUCUUCAGCUUCACAUAGCUCUAAGUUGAAGGUUGCAAAGCUUGUAGACAGAUAUCUUCAAGAAGUUGCUCGAGAUGUGAAUUUGCCCUUAUCCAAGUUCACGUCGAUUGCUGAGUCGGUGCCAGAGUUUGCAAGGCUGGAUCAUGAUGAUCUGUACAAAGCUAUUGACAUCUACCUUAAGGCACAUCCAGAAAUGGGAAAAAGUGAAAGGAAGCGACUCUGUCGAAUUCUUGACUGCAAAAAACUCUCUGUUGAGGCUUGUAUGCACGCUGCACAAAAUGAGCUACUCCCUUUAAGGGUGGUGGUCCAAGUUCUGUUCUUCGAACAAGCGAGGGCAACAAUGGCCGGUAGCAAAGUCGCCGAGCUUCCAAGCAACAUAAAGGCGCUUCUGGCUGCCCAUAAUAUUGACCCAUCAAAGCCACCAGCGCCAUUAAGUACUACCACAAGUGUUCAAGCAGAGGACCAACUGAGCAUCUCAGGGUUGAAAUCACCAAAAUCCAAGAUUUCUACGUUGCAGAUGAAGCUGGCCGAAGAUGACGAUUUGAACGAAAAUAGUAUGCACCCUAAUGGAAUUUCAAGGCCUUCUAAGUUUAAGGCUCUCUGUUCUCUCCCCUCUCGACCGAAACGAAUCUUCAGUAAGUUAUGGUCUGCUAACAGAAGUAUCAUGGAAAAGAAUUGAGUGAAUUUUGUUGAUUUUGGGGUUGAACAUGUCUAUUAAAGAAGUAGCAUAUUCUCUCUUCUUUUGGCUUUAAUAUUAGACACCUACUUUGUAAGUUGUAACCUUUUAGAAGAAAGAUUUAAGAAUCUCAAUGUGCAUUGCUGGUGUAAUCUAUAUUAAUAAGAGUACAAAUUCUCAGGAAUGUGGAUCUAUUGCUGGUACUUGGCCAUGUGAAAGCCAAUGUUCUUGUUCUUGAAUACGAACAAGAAUCAAUUGUCCUUUCAAUUCUUUUGAAGUUUUAGGACUUUCAGUGAUGUGCACUUGCUUCUUGUUUUGA